UCUCACCUUAAAUCCGGACGGUGACCCAUUUUCUGUUAUAUCCACCAUCGCCUGCUUUCGCUAAUAUGCACCUCCGACCUCUCAUGAACGCAAAUGGCAAAGAUCUGCUUCGAUUUCUCGAUUCCGCUCCUUUAGGUCAUCUCCUCCGCUUCAUCUACUUCUCGGCUUUAAUUUCCCAUCGAUCCGAAAGCAUCGAUUUACGGGUUAUUGUUCCAGGUAUUAUCUGCAAAUGGGUGUUCCACAAGAAUUUCUGUUCUGAUUUCAUCAUGGAUCUGUUUCGAUUAUCAUGGUGUCAUCAUUUUAGAGGCACCUGUGGUUAA